AUGGAGCACUUUGUCUGUGUUCCCCAGGGCCUGUACCAGGGAGCACACUUGGUUUUAGGCCAGCCUGAACUCUCUGACCACCAACAGCCCUACUGGAGGCAAAACGCUGGUGCCCCCACUUUCCUGGCCAGGACCGGGCUGGUGGUGCCCACGAAUAUUUGGGCCUACUGCAUGGAACCUUACAAGAGGGAGCGGCUUAAGGCCAUUCUCUCCCAGAUGAAUCCCAGCCUGAGCCUGCGGCUAUGCAAGGCCAAUACCAAGGAAGUGGGUGUGCAGGUGAGCCUGCGGGUAGACAGAUCCCUGCAGUGCUCACUGGGCCCUCUAACCCUGCACAGCUGCUCUCCUUGGGGCCACAGGGUCCCCAAGGCACCACCACCAGCUUGGGACCUCUAUUCACCAGUGACGGGCCUCAGGGGUUUGGUCUGGCUGCAGGAGGACAGGAAGGACGAGGAGAGGCAGGAGCUUUUGGGUUUCACUGAGGCCAGGCAUCAGCAGCAGAAGUCACUACCAAGGCCAAGGUUGCAAGAGGACAAGCAGGAGGAACUCUGGCAGCAGGACAAGCUGGGGAAGGAAGAUGACUUGAGUCCUAGGGAAACACGGAGUAAGCAGGCCCAGAGAGACACCCACCCGCUCAGGAAACCCAACAUCCAGUUUUUGGAAAGAAAAUAUGGCUACUUUCAUUGUAAAGAUUGUAAGACCAGAUGGGAGAGUGCUUAUGUAUGGUGCAUUUCUGGAACUAGUAAGGUUUAUUUCAAACAACUCUGUCGCAAAUGCUACCAGAGUUUUAACCCUUAUCGGGUAGAAGCAAUCCAGUGUCAGAUCUGUUCAAAAUCCCGUUGUUCCUGUCCUCGAAAGAAAAGACACAUUGAUCUAAGGAGGCCUCAUCGACAGGAACUGUGCGGCCGCUGCAAGGACAAGAGGUUCUCCUGUGGCAAUAUUUACAGCUUUAAAUGCAUCAUGUGA